CUAAACAUUAAACCCUAGAAAUGGAGCCUGAAACGACGCCGCUUUUGUUAACUGAUGUUAGUGGUCAUGUGGAGAAUAAGUAUAAGUCUAUUUGGAAUGAUUUUUGUGAGGAAUCGAACCGGUUAUGGAAGAUAGCCGGACCGGCUAUCUUCACUGCUUUAUGUCAGUAUUCACUUGGAGCUCUUACACAGACAUUUACCGGUCUGGUUGAUGAAGUUGAUCUCGCCGCCGUCGCCGUUGAAAACUCCGUCGUCGCCGGUUUUGCUUUUGGCUUCAUGUUGGGAAUGGGAAGUGCACUGGAAACAUUAUGUGGGCAAGCAUUUGGUGCAGGACAAAUUAGGAUGCUUGGUAUUUAUAUGCAGAGAUCAUGGGUCAUCUUGUUAACCACAGCUUGCAUUCUAUCUGUAGUCUACGUUUUCGCAACUCCAAUUCUAUUGUUAGUUGGAGAGACAGAGGAAAUCUCUGCUGUUGCAGGGAAAUUUGCACUAUGGAUGUUGCCUCAGCUGUUUGCUUAUGCUUUGAACUUCCCAAUACAAAAGUUCUUGCAGGCUCAGAGGAAGGUGUCAGUUAUGGCAUGGAUUUCGUUUGCUGUUCUGAUUUUCCAUGCUUUCUUUUCAUGGUUACUCAUUCUCAAGUUGGGUUGGGGUUUAGUAGGAGCUGCUAUUACACUUAAUACCUCAUGGUGGCUUAUUGUCAUUGGUCAGCUUGGUUAUAUCUUCUACACUAAAUCAGAUGGUGCAUGGUCUGGCUUUUCUUGGCUAGCUUUUUCUGAUCUUUGGGGAUUUAUCAAGCUUUCUCUUGCAUCUGCUGUCAUGUUAUGCUUGGAAUUCUGGUACUUGAUGCUCAUCAUUGUGAUUACUGGACAUCUGAAGAAUCCAUUGAUUCCUGUUGAUGCAGUCUCCAUUUGCUUGAAUAUUCAAGGAUGGGAUGUUAUGAUAGCAUUAGGAUUUAAUGCUGCCAUAAGCGUGAGAGUAUCGAACGAGCUUGGAGCAGGAAAUGCAAAAUUGGCGAAACUGGCGGUUUGGGUGGUUUCUGUAACUUGUAUGGUCAUAGGUGUGAUAUGUUUCGCGGUCGUGUUAGCCACUAGAGAAUAUUUCCCUUAUCUCUUCACUAACAGUGAUGCAGUGGCUAAAGAGACUAGCAAAGUAGCCAUCAUGCUUGCUUUCACAGUUCUCUUAAAUGGGCUUCAACCAGUUUUAUCAGGUGUUGCUGUUGGUGCUGGAUGGCAAGCUUUAGUUGCUUAUAUUAAUAUUGGCAGCUAUUAUAUUGUUGGAUUGCCUGCCGCUAUAUUACUAGGAUUUACUCUUAAUCUUGGACCUGAGGGAAUUUGGGCAGGAAUGCUUGUAGGGGUUGUCCUGCAAACUAGUAUAUUGAUUUGGGUUACAUCCUCGAGAAACUGGAUAAAAGAGGCAAAAGAAGCGGAAAGUCGAGUGCAGAAAUGGGGAGGUUCAUCUGUGAUCCCGGAAGAAUGAUUGUUCCCUUUUUAUUAGGAAGGAGAUUGAUUGAUGAGGAAGGGUGAAAAGAGUUGUUCCAUGGAUGAAUUAUUGAGGGAUGAUGAACAAAUUAAGUGUGAACAACAUUGUUGGAGAUUAUAAAGUAAAAGAACAAAAAAAUUGUUGGGUUUUUGUUGGUUUAAGGUAAUAAGUGUAGAGACUAGAUUAUGGAUUUUGCAGUAAUUUAUUAGGUUUAGUGGCUACAUUUAUGCCUCUAUCUGCAGUUUGCUGUAAUGAUGUACUUCUAUCACCAAAAUAAGUCACAAAUUUGAGAUGCUACAA